AUGGCGACAGGAGGUCAUGCCCCUGAGAUAGAUGUGCUGAUCAGUCUACAACAGGUGAAAGUGGAGGAGGAAGAUGAGGAAGGAUCUCUGGAGGGAGAGGAGGAGGAGGAGGAGGAGGAGGACUGGGAGAAGGCUCUGUCUGUGGAGCGCUUUGGGGACAUUUUUGGUGACUCUGCUUCUCCCAUUGGAGACAAGAUGGGCCGACACUACACUGAGAAAGACUUUGAGAGAGGAGAGGAGGAGGUACCGGCCGUGGAGAUGACAGACAUCGAGGGAAAGGACAACCAGGGGCAGGAGAACGGUGAUAACCAGCUUGACGCAGACCACCAUGGACCAGUGGAUCUCCAGACCAGUGUGCAGAAGGGCACUCCGAAGCAGCACCCCACCCCGCGGCUCUCUCUUCACGGUCCUGAAUGUCCUCGUCCUCCUGCCUCGGUCUCUGACUCAUCACAUCUCCAUGUUGACCUUCUGCUCUCAGGCCACAGGUUUGAGGACAACCCCGGGGUGAGACGCCACCUGGUGAAGAAGUCGUCCCGAUGUCAGCUGACCCGGAGCAGCAUCAGCUCCACGCCGCUCUCCAGCCUGAAGAAGAGGAAGAGAGCUGCGGAGAAGAAGACACAUGAGGUGUUCGUGGAGCUCAACGAGCUGAUCGUGGAGAAGGAUCAUGAGAUGCGCUGGAAGGAGCGAGCUCGCUGGAUCAAGUUUGAAGAGGAUGUGGAGGAGGAGACCGACCGCUGGGGCAAGCCUCACGUGGCCUCGCUCUCCUUCCGCAGCCUGCUGGAGCUCCGUCGCACCAUCACGCACGGUGCCAUCCUUCUGGACCUGGAGCAGAACACUCUGCCUGGAAUCGCUCAUCUGGUGGUGGAGACGAUGAUCAUCUCUGAUCAGAUCAGAGCCGAGGACAGACCCAGCGUCCUGCGGGCGCUGCUGCUCAAACACAGCCAUCCGAGUGAUUUCAAACAUCGCUUCCACCGCCACCACUCCUCCAGCAGUCUGCACGGCAGCCUCAAUCACAACCACACCCACGAAACCAGUCUGCCACUGGUGAGCGAGGAGCACGAUGAGCACCAGGACAACAAGGGGCCGGUGUACGACCCCAAACAAGACGUGUUUGUCACCCUCUUUAAAUCUCUCCACCCUCUGCCUCCCGAGAGCCACCCGGCCGCGGCCAGAUCCAUGAAGCUGCUCGCCAAGAUUCCCAAAGACGCAGAAGCUGUCAUCGUCUUAGUCGGCUGUGCUGAGUUCCUGGAGCAGCCGGCCAUGGCCUUCGUCCGGCUGAACGAGGCCGUGCUCCUGGAGUCGGUGCUCGAGGUCCCCGUCCCAGUUCGCUUUUUAUUUGUCCUGCUUGGUCCCAGUCAGUCCAACAUGGACUACCACGAGAUCGGACGCUCCUUCUCCACUCUCAUGUCCGACAAGAACUUCCACGAGGUGGCGUACUUUGCUGACGACAGACAGGACCUCCUGAACGGGAUCAACGAGUUCUUGGACUGCAGCAUCGUCAUCCCGCCCUCGGACGUGGAGGGCAAGGACCUCCUGAAGACGGUGGCUGACUUCCAGAAGCAGAUGCUGCGCAAGAGGAAGGAGCGGGAGCUCAAGAAGCAGCACUCCUCCUUCGGGGUGGUGCCGGAGAACAACGAGGUGAGCCCGGAGGAGGAGGGCGAGGGCGACCAGGAGGUGGAUCCUCUGACCCGCUCUGGGAUCCCGUUCGGAGGCUUGAUCCACGACAUCCGGCGCCGCUACCCGCACUACGUCAGCGACCUGAAGGAUUCCCUGGACAUGCAGUGCGUCGCCGCCGUCAUCUUCAUCUACUUCGCCGCCCUGUCGCCCACCAUCACCUUCGGAGGCCUGCUGGGGGAGAAAACAGAGGGGCUGAUGGGAGUGACUGAGCUCAUCGUGUCCACUGCUACUCUCGGGGUGAUAUUCUCUCUGCUUGCUGGUCAGCCGCUCCUCAUCAUUGGCUUCUCCGGACCCUUGCUGGUGUUUGAAGAGGCCUACUACAAGUUCUGUCAAGCUCACGACUACGAGUACCUGACGGGUCGGGUGUGGAUCGGCUUCUGGCUCAUCGUCAUCGUGCUGGUGAUGGUGGCGGCGGAGGGCAGCUUCCUCGUCCGCUACAUCUCGCCCUUCACCCAGGAGAUCUUCGCCUUCCUCAUCUCCCUCAUCUUCAUCUAUGAGACCUUCUCCAAGCUCAUCAAGGUGUUUAAGGAACAUCCUCUGAUGGCCUUGUACACCAGUGAUUGGACCCCAGCUACUCUGCUGCAGGAAGAUGGCCCCGUCUUCAACCAGCCCAACACCGCCCUCCUCUCUCUGGUCCUCAUGCUCGGCACCUUCUUUGUUGCUUUCUUCCUCAGGAAGUUCAGAAACAGUCGAUUCUUAGGUGGCAAGGCCAGAAGAGUCAUCGGGGACUUUGGGAUCCCUAUUUCAAUUCUGGUCUCAGUGUUGUUGGACUACGCCAUUACUGACACAUACACACAGAAACUCAACGUGCCGUCGGGCUUCUCCGUCACGUCCCCUGAAAAGAGAGGCUGGUUCAUCAGCCCCUUCGGAGACAAGCAGCCUUUCCCAGCCUGGAUGAUGGCAGCGAGUAUCGUCCCAGCGCUCCUCGUCUUCAUCCUCAUCUUCAUGGAAACUCAGAUCACUUCCUUGAUCGUGAGUAAGAAGGAGCGUCAUCUGGUGAAAGGCUCCGGCUUCCACCUGGACCUGCUGCUCAUCGUGACCCUGGGGGCCUUCUGCCCCCUCUUCGGCCUGCCCUGGCUCACCGCGGCCACCGUCCGCUCCGUCACGCAUGUCAACGCCCUCACGGUCAUGAGCAAGGCCACGGCGCCUGGCGAGAAGCCCAUGAUCCAGGAGGUGAAAGAGCAGAGGCUGACCGGGCUUCUUGUGGCCGUGCUUGUCGGCAUGUCCAUCGUGAUGACAGACGUGCUGCGCCUCAUCCCCCUGGCCGUGCUCUUUGGUAUCUUCCUGUACAUGGGGGUCACCUCCCUGACGGGCAUCCAGCUGUAUGAGCGCAUCACCCUGAUGGUCACGCCCGCCAAGCACCACCCCGACCACAUCUACGUCACCAAGGUGAAGACCUGGCGGAUGAACAUGUUCACCAUCAUCCAGCUGGCGUGCAUCGUGGCCUUGUGGGUAGUGAAGUCCACCGAGGCCUCGCUGGCGUUCCCCUUCGUCCUCAUCAUGACGGUGCCGCUGCGCCGCCUCGUGCUCUCCAGGAUCUUUCAGGAGCGUGAGCUGCAGGCGCUGGACUGUGACGAAGAUUCUCCAAACUUCGACGAAGACGGACGGGACGAGUACAACGAGAUCCACAUGCUGGUGUAG